CGGGCAGCGCCCGCCUGGUGCUUCUUGCAUUCCCUCGGUCCAGAGUCCCUCGCGCUCCCGAGCCCGCCUGGGGGAGGCCGGACGUCGGGGCUCCCAGCCCGGAGCAGCUAGCGAUGCCGGGCGCCGGGCAGGCGCAGCGGGGAGUGGGGGUCUCCGUGUCCUAGAGCCUCGGAACCUUUACCGUCUGGGCCCCUUCUCUUCUCUCGGGCGAGGAAACCGACUCACCUUCAGGAGGAGGGACUCGGCGCGCCCCCGGCCCGGGCACCAUGGACAGCGAGGCCUUCGAGAGCGCCGCGCGGGAGCUUCUGGACUUGAACUUCCAAUCCUUGGCCAUGAAGCACAUCGACCUGAAGCAGAUGGAGCUGGACACCGCGGCGGCCAAGGUGGACGAGCUGACCAAGCAGCUGGAGUCGCUUUGGUCCGACUCGCCGGCCCCCGCCACCCCUCCCCCACAGGCCAGCGCUCCGGCCAGGAUGACCAGAUACAGCUCCAGUCCCACUCCUGACCAUUUUAGCCGUACCUCUUCGCCCCGGAAGGUGGCAGACAGUGGGGAUGCUACCUAUGUCCGCUCAGAGAACUCCCCUGUCUUGCUCCCAUAUAGCCCCCUGUCCCCCAAAGGGCGCCCAGCCUCCCCCCGCACCCCUCUCUACCUGUCUCCAGAGUCAUACUCACCACUGGAACGGGCCCCCUCCCCGCGGCCCAAAACUAUGAGCUAUGAAGCUGUGGUUAGCUCACUGGGCCGGGCUCCGUCCCCUCGGCCUGGCUCUGGCCCCCUCCGUCCCACGGGGCCCCCUCCACAAUAUGACUUCAUCACAGGGGGACGGGCUGGCUCCCCUCGGGGGGACAGCUCUCAGGCUUUCUUCCCUGACCACCGAGGACCUUCGCCCCGCUUGGGCCUUCCUGCCACUUUUGAGGGCUCCUCUCUGUUUGGGAGUCCUCCCCCAGGUGUUGGGGGCAGUGCUUUUGCACCACUCCGGGCACAAGAUGACCUGACCCUCCGCCGGCGUCCCCCUAAGAGCUGGAACGAAUCAGAUCUGGACGUGGCCUAUGAGAAGAAGCCAUCGUCGCAGAGCUCCAGCUAUGAUCGUCUGGACGUCUUUGGGGGCCUUCGUCCGUCCUCCCCGUCCUUGCAGCUGUUACCCUGGCGGGAGAGCAGUUUAGACGGCUUGGGUGGUCCAGGCAAGGACGGUCUCACCAGCUCCACUCUGCCCCGGAAUUACAAAGUCUCUCCCCUGGCCAGUGACCGGCGGACAGAUGUCGGGGGAUAUCGUCGCUCUUUGGGCUCAGGGGUCCCUGGCACCCUUCCUCGAAGCUGGCAGCCGGCCAGCCGCAUCGCCAUGCCCCCGACCACCCCCCAGGCUCGCGGGGCCCCCCGCCAGCGCCCCAUCCCCCUCUCCAUGAUAUUCAAGUUGCAGAAUGCCUUCUGGGAGUAUGGGGCAGCCAAAGCCGGGCCUCCAGGCUCGCCCAUCAUCACACGGGCUCCCCUCCCCAAGCUGAGCCCCCAGGUCCCAGGCCCAGCCCCACCGAGCCCACUCCUAGGCUCUCAGAGCCCAGGCCCAGCCCCACAGAGCCCAGCCCAGUCUCCAGCUGCUCAGCUUGUAUCACCUGCCCGGCCUCUGGGAGGCGAAGGUCCCCCAAAACCCCCUGAAGAGCCUGAGCCAGAGCCAGAGCUGGAGGGGCUGCUGGCCCCGGCACUGGAGGUCGUGGAGACCGAGGAGGGGGCCGUGCCUCGGCCGCUGAGUCCCACGCGGCUACAGCCGGCGCUGCCCCCGGAGGCGCAGACGGUGCCCGAGCUGGAGGAGGUGGCCCGCGUGCUGGCAGAGAUACCCCGGCCCCUGAAACGCCGAGGCUCUAUGGAGCAGAGCCCUGGCCCCGUCCUGCCCCCCACGCACAAGAAACAAUACCAGCAAAUCAUCAACCGCCUGUUCCACCGGCACGGCGGCAGUGGCGGCGGCGGGCCUCCCCGCGAUGGCGGUGGCGGGCCCAGCGGGCCCGAACCUGAGCUGCCUUCCAUCACCGAGGGCUCUGAUGCAAGGGCGGGUCCCCCUGCCCCAGCCCCCCCGGCUCCCACCCUGGCCCCGAGCCUACCUGACCCCCCGCCCCCCCAGAGCACAGAGAUGCGCUCGGUGCUUCGGAAGGGGGGCUCCCCGCGCAAGGCCCGCCGGGCCCGCCUGAACCCCCUGGUGUUGCUGCUGGACGCGGCCCUGACCGGAGAGCUGGACGUGGUGCAGCAGGCGGUGAAGGAGAUGAAUGACCCCAGCCAGCCCAACGAGGAGGGCAUCACGGCCUUGCACAACGCCAUCUGCGGCGCCAACUACGCCAUCGUGGACUUCCUCAUUGGCACCGGCGCCAACGUGAACUCGCCGGACAGCCACGGCUGGACGCCCUUACACUGCGCGGCCUCCUGCAACGACACGGCCAUCUGCACGGCCCUGGUGCAGCACGGGGCCGCCAUCUUCGCCACGACUCUGAGCGACGGCGCCAUGGCCAUCGAGAAGUGCGACCCUUACCGGGAGGGCUACGCGGACUGCGCCACCUACCUGGCAGAGGCCGAGCAGAGCAUGGGCCACCUGCACGGAGGCGCCGUCUACGCGCUCUGGGACUACAGCGCCGAGUUCGGGGACGAGCUCUCCUUCCGCGAGGGCGAGCCCGUGACUGUCCUGCGCCGGGACGGCCCCGAGGAGACGGACUGGUGGUGGGCCACCCUGCGGGGCCAGGAGGGAUACGUGCCCAGGAACUACUUCGGGCUGUUCCCCAGAGUGAAGCCCCAGCGCGGCAAGGUUUAGGACCCCGACCCCGUGCCAGGAGGAACCGACGCUGAGACCAGGAACGAGGGGGGUUUCUCCCCGCUUCCUGCCGGUGGCCUGGGGAGGGGGACGACUUUGGACCCUGUCCUUGAGAGGGGAGGGGGCUCCCCAGAUCCGCCCCGAGGCCGCCGUCCCCCUCAGCCUCCAGCCACCUGCCCAGAGCACCAGCACCAGCGCGGGAAUGACAGGGCUGCGCCAGGUCAAUCAGCUCCUCCCUGGCUUCCCCAGCCCCCUCGACCCCCCAAAUAAAGGUUCCCUCCCCCGUGCACACACGGCACCAGCCUCGGAUGAACUCUGACCCAUGCUGUCCUCUGCUCCCCUCCUCACCAGCAGCCGGGGGCUGGGGGCACCGGAACCUGCCCCCUCCUUCCCCCCAAGCCAAGUGCCUCAAGCCCUGUCCGAGCUGUUUGUAAUUAAAAGGGAAAAAUAAACCUACUUUCUAAUGGAACCAGGAGGUUCAUCUGGACCAUCUCCCUCAUCUCCCUCC